GCGAGACGGGUCGCGAGCCGCAGGUAGGAAAGAGAGGCUCUGCGACGAGCAUCCCUUGCUGCAGGCGGCCAGCCGGACGGAGUUCGGCAGGCCGUGGCCAGAGCAUGCCAGUUUGUUUUCGAUCGUUGCCCCAUGCGUUUGCGUCCGUGCCGUUCACGUGCGCAUUAUUUUGGUUUUGGCUUUUUUGGUGCGUCUGCCGUGCCCGUGCUCUGGGUACCGUCUGCACGGUUUCGCCACCGUGUGAUCGUCAUCGUGUCGCUGCCAUCAGCGUGCUGUCGCUGCCGUCGUCGUCUUCGUCGUCACCGCUGUUCGCAGGACUUCCAGUGCAAUUAUGACAGUGUCAUAGAAAUAUUGAUUAUAUCGUUCACACAGUGCAUUGUAAUAAGUGAGUGAAUACAGUGAAAUCAACGUUACUCUUUCUUUGCACCAGUGAAGUUUGACGGAUUUAUCCACCAAUACACAACAUUACGUGCGCCAAACAUAUGGCCAGCGAUUGAAGUACAAAAUUGCAACCAAGUAAACGCCCAAUUAGUGCACAUUUAGUGAUCUAUUGAAAGCUGUAGCAAAGAGUGUUAAUUUGUCUGUGCGUGAGUGUCUGUGUGUGUGUACAAGUGCUUUCGUGUGCAGGUGCAAAGGGAUGCAAACGAUCCCGGGGCAGCCGUAGUUCGUCGAGCAAAGUGUUACGAGUACAACAUCGCCGAUCUUCUGUGUGGUCCUGAAGCACGCGUCCUUUUCCCCCUUCAUUCUCACCGUGCCCUUCCUGUCUGUACAUAGUGCACCCUGCGUUGGAAUGAAAUUUGGAAUUCCCUCAAAAGAACGAUCGCAAAGAUAGAGUUGAUCCUGCCUAGGACGCUAAGCUUCCUUCUUCCUAUACCACCAACAUCACAACCACCACACCACUUCUAUUCGAUCUUGCUGUCUUUCUUCUUGAUCUUGGUCGGAGCGUCUUGUUUUGGAUUGAAUCUGUACAGAGCAUAACUAUUUUUUUGAUACAUUCACUCCGCCCGUGUGGAAGGGUGAAAGCGGAUCGAAACAUACCAUCUACCUAUGCAAAUAUUCUCUUCCAACUCUUCUAUCAUCGGUCUAUCGUAAAACGAUUUGCUAGCUAACAACUUUUCCAAGCAUACCGCCAAAAAUAUGACCCUUUUACGUCUUUUGGGGAAUUCUCAAAUUUCUUCCACCGUUUCCACCGGACAUGCAAGUUGGCCGUAACCAAAAAAAGCUGCCUCAUCGGGCGAUAUAAAACAUAUACACACACAAAUGUGCAGUCCAUCAUCUGCGUAGUGCAUGCGCAAAUGCUUGUAACAGUGAGUUUGUGAAUAGAUACUUUUACACGUCGCCCCAUCGAGUGCACGUAGUACAGAUUUCGCACGCGUAACGUAUUGCACCUCUCGUUGAGGAUGGAUCGAAACCGUUCCGUACGGAUGCCGAGGGCGUUAUCCUUCCACCGCUGGAACUUAAUCGCUUAGUGAAAGGCCGGGACCAUGCACGAUCAGCUUCGGAUAUCGGCGGAGAAUCUUCAACGGAGUAUAGCUUGCGAGCCAACGAUCGGAGCCUAGCUCAGAGCACUGAGCAUUACCCGGGUACCCGUGUGGUACCUACGCCACCUUUAGCGCGAGCCAGCCUCGCCUUCAUCUCAAUAAGUGCCGCAGUCCAGUAAUUGCGUUUGAUUUAACUUAAAACAAACAAAAAACACAGUAACAUCCCUUGGAAGAACUUCAAAAGCUCUUGAUAGCCGGCACGUCAGCAGUGGUGUCAGCAACGGGCGAGCUGCUCUACAACGGAGAGGCGUCCCGGUUCGCGACCAACGCCCAGCACCUGCACCGCCCAGCCCACAUGCACCUCGAGAGCAUGGUCAACUGCAAGAUGAGCUCGCAGAACGAUUCGGUCGAGGUGGAAAGUUUGCUAAUGAGCCCGUGCUGGAACCAGUCCACCAGCGUCUCCGAUCAGUACCUGCUCGACGGUCACAAGCUGCUGCUCGAGGCCGAACUCGACUCGCUGCCGAGCGAUGGCGAAACGCAGAAGAGCUCGAUGGACGUGCUGGAGAACCUGCUGCUCAACUCGGCCGCCUCCAUCACGAGCAACGGGGCGAACGGACACGGCCACGGCCACGGCCACCAGAACGGGCACAUUGGGGGCGGCGGUCUCGGCAGCGGUGACGUGAAGCCGCUACCCUCCUUUACCUCCUUCAACACGGGCCACCUGUCGAUCAACGGGAUCUCGGGCUACCAUUACACGGCGAUUGCCCAGCGCUUGCCGGAAGAGAACAACAACUACACGCAGAACACGUACGCGAAUGCGGCCACGAGCGGGACGAACGGCCACCUCGGUGGCAGCAGUGGGAACACGAACGGCAAUGGUGGAGCGCCCGGCACCGGCAACAGCGUCGGUUCGACCGGCAGCGACAACAACAUCGUGUCCUCCACGUCCACCUGCCUGCCCGACUCGGUGCUCAACCCGGACGGCACGAGUGCGGACAACGGGGGCUCGCAGACGUGCAGCCUGGCCGACGUGAAGCUGUUCUCGGACGGCUCGCUGGACGGUGCCAAAAUCUACAGCGCACCCGCCGACAGCUGCGUCAUGAACGGGGCCGACUCGGUGUCGGGCGCGCGGAUAUUCGUCGACACGAAGGAGCUGUCCGAGUACGACAUGAGCUCGAUCGAGGACAUUGCGGCGAUCAUCGGGUCGGCGAUCGCCGACACGACCGUGCCGAGCAGCAAGGUGGAGAAGGAGGACGGCAACGACACGCGCGACUCCUGGAUGGAUCUGGACGCGUGGAUCGAGGGCACCUGCAACGGUGUGCCGGACGGGGGCAAGCUGAUCGUCACGCAGCAGGACUCGCUCAGCGAGCUGAUCCUGCCGAACUCGCCCGUCCACACGUCCACCGGUACCAGCUCCACCCUGCAGAGCCUGCUGACGCACGGCUACAUGCCGCUGCUCCAGAACCGGCUGCAGCACGGGCCGCCGAUCAAGCUGGAAGCGCCCAGCUCGACGUCCUACUGCGGCGAGCUCAUCUCCACCUCCACUAGUCCACCCGGGUCGGUCGUCUCGACCUCCACCGACAAUCUCAUACUCAACGGCCGGUACCUGCAGCAGACCGGGCACCAUCACCAUCAGAACGGGCACACGCACUUCGGGCUCGGCUCGAUCGGAUCGACGCUCGGCAAACCGGACGGCCUGUGCAGUCCCGAGCUGGGGCUCGGCAACUAUCCCCACACCACCACCACCACCUCCACGUCCUCCUCGAGCGCCAGCAACUCCCCGACGACACCAAAAAGCAAGCGACGAACCCACAAGCAGCAGUCGAAGCAGCCGGGCAGCACGCUCGUACCGACGCCCACCGGUGGCCUAUCCGCCCAACAGCAGCAGCAGCAGCAGCAACAGCACCAGCAACAACAUCAUCAACAGCAGCAGCAGCAACAACAACACCAUCAACAACAACACCACCAACAGCAGCACCAGCAACAGCCACAGCAGCACCAGCAUCAGCUCAACGCUCAGUCGCAGCAGGCCGCAGCGCUCAGCUUCCAGGCGGCGAACGAUCUCAGCGGGCUUCUCGGCAAGGAGAAACCGGUCCACCGGUGCAACAUCUGCAACCGGGGCUUCCUGAACAAGAGCAACAUCAAGGUGCACCUGCGGACGCACACAGGGGAGAAACCGUUCCGGUGCGAGGUCUGCGCGAAAGCGUUCCGGCAGAAGGCGCACCUGAUCAAGCACCAGCAGAUCCACAAGCGGAUCGGGCGCGAUUGACCAUCGGAGACGGUGACGGUGCAGCCGAGAAACUCGUCGGGCUCGCGCAGGAGCAAACGGCGUUCCGGCGAGUCCGAGUGUGGCACCGUUGCCGGCGCCUAUCGUACCGACGGCGAUGGGCACAGCCUUCCCACCGAGCUGGAACUGGACCUGGAGCUGGAGCUGGAACAGGAUGCGGCAGGCCAGCAUCGGUUCCAUCGACCGUUCGUACCGUUCGUGUGAGAGGACAGCAUAGAGUGGUUCCACGCUGGGUGAGGUUCUCUUGCAGGGGGCUGGAAGCGCACUGUGCAGCACUGUGUCAAAGAAACAAAAACAAAACACUCGUACCUCAGGAGAUUAGUGAUGUAGUUUGCUGGGAGGAGCGAGCCCAGCAGAGGUUGUUCCUCUAUUUUGGCGGUUGAGAAGCAAGGGCAGCCAAGGUCCCGGGCGUGUACAUAUAGCAAAGGGUGGACGGCUCGUGAUGGACAGCAACACUGCCAGCAUAACUGCUGGUGACACUCAAGCGAAAAUUUAUUUAUUUCCCCUCUGGAUUUACGGUUUUCUAGAGGACGCUGGAGUUUGUUCGCCUAAUGGUGCGAGCGUUACGCAAGAUUGAUUAAUUAUUAACUGCUGUCGAUGAGUUUUGGCGUGACAGUACGCAAACACGAUAGCGCGUUUAGUGCACGAUCACGAGCAUCACGGCAAUCAAAGGUUGGUGGAUGUAAUUUAUAUCUAGAACAAAUGUAUGCUACAAAACUAAGUUAGCUAUUUAUUGAUUAACUCUUGAACAGUUGGUUAAAGGGUGAUCUGUUGCGUGUGCUCGCUGGCUGCACCUUUAUUACAAUAACAGAGAAUUAUCGAACGAAAGGAACAGGAUAACACACACACAUCUAUUAAGCUCAUAGUGAGGUCACACUGCGGAAGAAGAAGAACUAGAGUGCUCAAGAGUGACCCAGUGCAGAUUCGGGAAGGUGCGAAAGAUGUGUUAUUGUUAUUGAUUUUUUAGAUAUUUGUUUUGUUGUACCCGACCCUUCCCGCAUCUUGUCACUUCGGGCUCACUGGCAGCAGCGCAGUUCUUCCCUCCGAAGCCCUUCGUUUCUUCGUUCAAACAUUUAUUCCAAAAACAAAAUAAACAAAAUGCUCUUACUACUUACGACGGAGGGAUUAGGUAGGGUACGUCUUAAGUUUCUAUUCGCCUUAAGUAUGCGUCGCCGAAAACAGGAACCCGAACGCUGUCAGUACCUUCGCUUAGUAAUAAUUGUAAAGAAGCGGUAGGGAGGAUGCACAAUAAACGCCUCACCCACAAUCACAACAGAUCGUCGUCUUCCUUGUAGUUGUAGCAGAAAGCAGUUAGUAGAAAGCAAACGUUGAGCAAAACAGUCGUUACUGUUCACCCUCUCCAAAGCGCGCCGAAGAGUGGUGCGCGUGUGUGUAAAGCUAACGUUAGUGUAAUUAGUAGUAGAUAAAGUAAUUGUAAAGCAAUGCUUACUAGGGCAGGACUGUCUUUGAUGGAAUAAAACAAAAUCAAACAGUUUAUUGAUAGAAAGCCUACACAAACUAUCCGCACCAACACGAACCACCACCUGCUUUUCGAAGUGAUCGACGCUUCGGGCGGCCAUAUACAUUUCAUCAUUUAAGCACGCCUACGGCAGGCGACUCGGUCAGGUAAGGUAGCGAAAACUCCACGUGUUUAGUAGACCGCUAGCACCUAACAGCAACGACAACAACAACAAAACCUGGGACAUGGGAAUUAAAAUACGAUCGGGUUAAACAAUAAUCAUCCACUAGCAAGUAAGUGUGAGUGUGUGUGUGUGCAUGGAUGUGCGACAGCCACCGACCGGCAAAAAACUGGGAUGGUAAUUGUGUAGCGAGAAAGUGUAGAAUGGAAGGAUAGUAGAAGAAAAAAACAUGUGCAAUUUUUAACUUUAAUCAUAUCCACUUCUCAAGUAGGUGUGCGAUUACGUUACGUUAGUUUCUUAUAACGUUCUUCUUUCUUUUCCUAUUCCAAGUUGGUUCGUACCGGCUGCUCUUUAGGCAAAAUCUAUCAAUUCAACUAUCGGGGAGCUAGUGAAAACUACUAGU